UUAUUAGCAGAGCAACCGGUGACGUUCGUUCAUUGGCCGCUAACGAAGAUAAGUGGUCGCCUCACUCGCUUAGAUCGGAAUCGUAUCGUUGCUCACUGUCCCUACAGCUCAGUCGUGGUCCAACCGCUCGGCAAAAUAUACAGGAACUCGUAUUACUAACCUGCAAAAUGGUAUUGGAUAUCAAGUCUGCCCUGGUCGUGGAUGGCGUCGGUGCCAACUGCACGGAGAUCCUCAACUCUCAUGGCAUUAGUGUGGUCAACCAAGCGAAGAUCUCCAAAGAAGAACUCCUUAGAGAAAUUCCGAAAUACGAUGCUCUCGUCGUUCGUUCAGCAUCACAAGUCACCAAGGAGGUUUUGGAAGCUGGCAAAAAUCUGAAAGUAGUUGGCCGAGCUGGUGCAGGAGUCGACAACAUUGAUGUGAUUGCUGCUGGACAGCGCGGAAUCGCAGUCAUCAAUGCCCCCGGUGCUAAUGCCCUGAGUGCCUGCGAGCUGACCUGCAGUUUGAUCCUGAACAUGGCGAGGCACGUGGUGCCGGCUGCCACUGCCCUGCGCGGGGGACGCUGGGACCGCGCUCUCUACACCGGCACAGAACUGAACGGCAAGACCCUGGCAAUCCUAGGCCUUGGCAGAGUAGGCAGAGAAGUCGCUAUCCGUAUGCAUACCUUUGGAAUGAAGAUUAUUGGAUACGACCCAUUUGUCACCGCUGAGCAGUGCAACAGUUUUAAUGCUACGAAGAUGGAAUUGGAACAGAUUUGGCCCCUCGCUGACUAUAUCACUCUACACACACCUCUUAUUGAAUCCACUAAAAAUUUCAUCAACGCCAAAGUCAUGGGGCAAUGUAAGAAGGGAGUGAAGAUCGUGAACGUUGGACGCGGAGGUUUGAUCCAGGAACGCGACCUUCUUGAUGCUUUGAACUCUGGACAGGUUGGUGGUGCAGCCUUGGACGUGUUUGAGCAGGAGCCCCCGACCGAUCCUGUGACCUUGGAGAUCAUUCAACACAAAGCCGUCAUUGCCACGCCUCAUCUGGGCGCUUCCACAAAAGAGGCUCAAGUGCGCGUCGGUCAGGAGAUCGCUGAACAAUUCGUGAACCUGGUGAAGCCCGGCACUUACAACACCCCUCUCGCCGAGGUCACCAGAGUCAUCAACAAGUAGACUUAGUCUAAAAUAUAAUUCAUUCAUUUCAUUUAUUUUUAUAUGUAUUUAACUUCUUUCUAAGUAACUAGAUUCCACUCGGUACAUCACUAAAUAUGCUUAGUUAUUUUUCUUUAGUUUUGUAUUGCGUACCUUGGUAUGCUUAACUUGCUCUGUACUCGUAGGAUAGGUAACUACAUUUUUAUGCAUUUAUUUUAUUUUAAUUGUUAAGCUUGUAUUAAAGUCGCAUCGUAUAUCCAGUAUCUUGCUAUAACUUAGUGAACAUUAAGUCUAAGAUAAAUAAACAGUUCUUUGUAAGUUCGAAUUAGUAUUAUUCGCAACUCCUGCGUUGUUCUGUUGAGAUUCUAUGUUAAUCUUCGCUCAAUGCUACGAGAAAUGUUUAUAGGUCUGAGCUUAGUAUUAAGAUUCUCUAGAUGACUACUAUAGAAUUUAUAAUCGAAAGCAUUACCUGCUGCCAAGUGCCAUCGCAACAAGACUGAAUCGAUAACUAUCAUGAGACAUUCAUUGUCAUCAUUCCUAUGUAGCGCAUGCCUUAGCUAUAAGAUUUUAAGUAUCCCUUGCAUUCUUUCUAAAUACCGUAUAACGGUAUACUUGUAUAAUCCCAUUAUGUAAUAAAUUAAACU